AACAGCGAGUCACACUGUGGAGGAGAGAAGAUCAUUCAGGAUGCCAGAGCCAGUCAAAAAAGCAGUUUCAGCGUUUGCCAAGAAACCAAAGUCUCAGGAGGCAGAGGAGGGGUCCUCUGUGGUCUUUGAAGCAGAGACCGGGAAGCCUGAUGCUAAAGUGAAAUGGCAGUGCAACUCAAAGGACAUCGCCAGUGGCGACAAAUAUUUGAUCACAGCAGACGGAAACAAGCACUCCCUCGCUUUAAAAGCUAUUACCAAGGAAGAUGCCAAUGUCUACGGAGUGAUCGCUGGGGGGUCAAAGGUCAAGUUUGACCUGAAGGUUUUAUCAAAGCCAGAAGCUCCAGUUGAGGCCCCUGCUGAUGCACCUGGGGAGACUAUUGUCGAACCGGAACAGGCUCCUGCUCCACCUGCAGCAGCACCCACUGAGGACCAGACCGCUGCCCCGGCACAUGAUGCUCCUCAAGCUGAGGAGGGACAGCCUCCGGACACCAGACAGGCGCUGACUGGACUCUUCACAGAAAAACCCCAGAGUGGGGAGGUCACUGUAGGUGAAAACAUUACGUUUGUGGCUAAAGUGAAUGCUGAGUCAUUGCUGAAGAAACCCAACAUCAAAUGGUUCAAAGGGAAGUGGAUGGACCUCGCCAGCAAGUCUGGAAAACACCUGCAGCUUAAGGAGACGUAUGACCGCAGCAGUAAGGUCUAUACGUUUGAGAUGCAAGUCAUCGACGCCAAGCCAAACUUUGCUGGAGCUUACAGAUGUGAGGUUGCAUCCAGGGACAAGUUUGACAGCUGCAAUUUUGACUUGACUGUACAUGAGGCUUGUGCUGCUGAAGGUUUCGACAUAAGAGCAGCUUUUAGGCGCACUAGUAAAGAUGGAAAGGAAGACUCAGGAGAGCUGGACUUCAGUACCUUAUUAAAAAAGAGAGACAGUUUCUUAAAAUCCUCAAAUCGAGCCGUGCAGGUGAGCGCAGAGCCGGACAUGGAUGUCUGGAACAUUCUCAACCAUGCUCCUUCUUCAGAAUAUGAGAAGAUUGCUUUUCAGCACGGCAUUACCGACCUGAGAGGCAUGCUCAAGAGGCUGAAGAAGAUGAAGAAAGAAGAGAAGAAAAGUGAAGCUUUCCUGAAAAAGUUGGAUCCAGCUUACCAAGUGUCAAAGGGACAUAAAAUGAAACUGGCCAUUGAGGUGGCCAAUGCAGAUGCUGAGGUGAAAUGGCUUAAGAACGGACAACAAAUUCAACCAUCAGCAAGCAAGUACAUCUUUGAGAGUGUUGGCAACAUGCGCUACCUCACCAUCAACCACUGCUCCUUGGCAGAUGAUGCCGCAUAUUGCUGUGUGGCGGGAGAGGAGAAAUGCACCACUGAGCUCUUUGUUAAAGAGCCUCCCAUUGUGAUUGUGAAGAAUCUGGAGGAUCAGAUGGUCAUGAAGGGUGAGAGGGUGGAGCUAGAGUGUGAAGUCUCGGAGGAAGGAGCCAAUGUUAAAUGGGAAAAAGACGGUGUGGAAUUGACGAGAGACGAGUGUUUCAAGUAUCGCUUCAAGAAAGACGGCUGCAAACAUGUCCUGAUCAUUAAUGAGGCCACGAAAGAAGACUGCGGCCACUACAAGGUUAAAACGAACGGUGGCGAGUCUAUGGCUGAACUCAUGGUGCAGGAAAAAGACCUGGAGGUCUACCAGAGCAUUGCAGACCUCACAGUGAAGGCAGAGGAUCAGGCGGUGUUUAAGUGUGAGGUGUCGGAUGAGAAUGUGAGAGGAACCUGGUACAAGAAUGGUGCAGAAGUCAAGCCGGAUGCCAGAAUAAAUAUCACACAUGUUGGCAGGAUCCACAAACUGACCAUAGAUGAGGUCAAACCAGAGGAUGAGGGAGACUACACUUUUGUGCCAGAUGGCCAUGCUUUCAACCUUUCUGCUAAACUCAAUUUCCUGGAGGUGAAGAUUGAUUACGUGCCACGCCAAGAUCCUCCGAAGAUCCACCUGGACUGUAUGGGUCGCACCACUGAGUCAACCAUCGUGGUGGUGGCUGGCAACAAGCUGCGUUUGGAUGUCCCCAUCACUGGAGACCCUGCUCCCACAGUGAUCUGGACCAAAGGAGGGAAGGCUAGUUCUGUAAAACCUGAUGGAGAAGAGAAAGAAGGGCCGGCAUCCUCUUGGACCUUGACGGAUGGGGAAGUUGUCACAGAGGGAGACAGUCGGGUCCAUGUUGAAACCACCAAGGGACACUGUAUCUUCACCAUCGAGGGGGCUGAGAGGCAGGACGAGGGGAUCUAUUCUGUUGUGGUUCGAAACCCCGCUGGGGAGGACACUGCAGAUAUCAAUGUGAAAGUUGUCGAUGUUCCAGAUCCUCCCCAGGCUCCCAGAAUCCUCAGUGUGGGAGAGGACUCCUGUGUGGUCCAGUGGGAUCCCCCUCUGUUUGAUGGUGGACAGCCAGUUAUUGGCUACGUGAUGGAGAGAAAGAAGAAGAAGAGCUACAGGUGGAUGAGACUGAACUUUGACCCUUAUUGUGAAACAACCUAUGAAGCCAAGCGGAUGAUUGAAGGAAUGGAGUACGAGAUGCGAAUCUAUGCUGUCAACGGCAUCGGCAUGUCUCGUCACAGUCCAGCUUCACAGCCUUUUGUGCCAGUCGCCCCCACAAGUGAGCCCAUCGGACUCAGCCUUGACGACGUCAGUGACACUUCCAUCUCGCUGAAGUGGCGGCCGCCUGAGAGGAUUGGCUCAGCUGAACUCGAGGGUUAUGGAGUUGAGUACUGCAAGGAGGGAACGGAUGAAUGGAUACCAGCCAUGCAGGGUCUGACUGACCGGACAUCAAUGGUCAUCAAACAUCUCACCACCGGAGACAAGCUGCAGUUCCGUGUGCGGGCCUACAACAUGGCGGGACCCAGUGCUCCCACCACUCUGGCUCAAGCUGUCACCAUCAGAGAGAUAAUGCAACGCCCUAAAGUUUGGCUCCCUAGAAAUCUCCGCCAGACUCUCGUCAAGAUAGUUGGAGAAACUGUCAACCUUGUGAUUAAAUUCCAGGGUAAGCCCAGGCCGAAGGUCACAUGGAGCAAAGACGGGGAGCCUCUGAGCCCCAAAUUAGCUAGUGUGAGGAACAGCGAUACGGAUACAAUUUUCUUCAUUCGCAAGACGGAGAGAAAACACUCAGGGAAGUAUGAUGUCCAGGUGCAGAUUGAGAAUAUGGACGACACAGCAAGUAUCGAACUGCAGGUUGUUGAUCUCCCAGGGCCCCCUGACGCACUGAAGAUCAUGGAUGUCUGGGGCUUUAAUGUGGCACUUGAGUGGAAGCCGCCGAAGGACAACGGUAACAGUGAAAUAACUGGUUACAACAUUCAGAAAGCAGAGAAGAAGACCAUGGAGUGGUUUACAGUCUAUGAGCAGUACAGGCGAACCAACUGCGUCGCAUCUGACCUCAUCAUGGGGAAUGAGUAUGUCUUCCGAGUCUUUGCAAUCAACCUGGUGGGCCUCAGCCUAGAGCCCUGCACCACAACAGACAGCGCUUACAUCCAGAAAACAGGUAUCGAGUACAAGCCGCCCACCUUCAAGGAUCAUGACUUCUCACAGGCUCCCAAGUUCACACAUCCGCUGGUGAACCGUUCUAUCAUAGCAGGUUACAACACGACCCUCAGCUGCUCAGUCAGAGGCAUGCCAAAGCCCAAAGUGACCUGGUACAAAAACAAGAUGGACAUCUCAAAUGAGGCCAAGUUCCGGAUGCUCAGUAAACAAGGUGUUCUGACACUGGAGAUCCGUAAGCCCUGCUCUUUUGAUGGAGGAGUGUAUAUGUGCAAAGCAGUCAACGUCAACGGAGAAGACAUAGUGGAGUGUAAAGUGGAGGUCCGCCCUCAAAUUGCGAAAGAAGAAACGAAAUAAAGAGGUUCGGGCUGCUGACUGAAGAGAUUCUAUAUUUGUCUCCCGCAUGUUGACUUUUGUGUCACAAGAAACUCUUCACCUGCACUACAAACUGAAAUCAUCUUGCAUAUCACCAUACUUGCUGUUGUGUUAGUAUCAUGUGUAAUUCUGGAUUACUUAAGUAAAUGGACAUAAUAGUCAAAGAAGGUGGAAAUAUUUAUGAAAUUAAUUUAUAAUUUCCCAUCUUGCGUGUCAUUUAUUUCAGCUGCUCUAAAGAAAUGUAUUGCAGUGUUUGGAUUUGUUUGUGUGCUUGGAAAGGUCAAUAUAAAUGCAAUAAAAACA